AUGUUUGGGGUGUUUGUGGUCUCUCUGGUUGGAGAUUGGACUCUCGGCAGGUCUGGAGGAUCACACACAGUCCUUAUUUCAGGCAGGGGGCGGGGCUCCGUGGACGGUGGGUGGGCUCUCUGUAACGUGCCCGUUGUUGUCUUGCAGGACACGGACAUCCAGAAGCGGAUCGAUCACGAGGUCCGGAUCCGCGACGGGGCGGUGAAGCUGCUGGGCGCCUGCACACAGAAGGAACAAGCGCUGGAAGCUGCCAAGAGUCUCCUGGUGUGUAAUAGUCGUAUAAUGACCUACAUGUCCGAGCUGCAGCACCGCAAGGAGGAGCAAGUCCUGCAGCACAGCGCACGCAGGCCGUCAGAUGGAGGAUUAAUGGACGACCGGCUCCCUUGUAAGGGCACACUCUCCAUCUCAGAUCUCCGGAUUCCCCUCAUGUGGAAGGACAGUGAAUACUUCAAGAAUAAAGGAGAGCUCCAUCGCUGCGCCGUGUUCUGCGCCCUGCAGAUCCGCGGGGAGGUCUGCGACACAGAAAUGGUCUUUGUGGAUCGAACUGCCACCGAUAUCUGCUUUGUGAACCCCAUUGUCUUCUCGGAUGUGGAGCCGGGCUUCGAGCUCAGUCUUCAGUUGUACAGCUGUGCUGUGGACGAGGACUUUUCUUUGUCCGGGACCCCCAGAAGACUGUCCACUAAACUGAGCAACUCCUUGGGUCGGUCAUCGGGUCGGAGGGUACGGACUGCCUUGGAGGGAACGUGCAGCAACGGCGGGGGAAGUCCCAUCCUUCUACCCAUCCCCAGUGUCCC